CACCAACGUGUUUCCGGGUCACCAGCAGCAUGGCUGAACUCAAGAUAAAUCGCAAGUUCGCUGAACGCUACGAUCGGUACCGGGAGAAGGAGGAGCUGCAGCGGCUUAAAGAUCGUUAUGGAGACACAGAAGAUAACAGCGAUAACUCGAGCUCAGAGUCAGACGAGGAAGAGCCAACGAUUGACCCCGCGUUGGAUAAAGACUUCUAUCGAACUCUUUCUCUGCUCAAGAAGAAGGAUCCCAAAAUAUACCAGGAGGAUGUUACCUUUUACACCGAAGAAGGCUCACCGGCUGUCAAACAGGGUAAAUCCUCCAAAGAGAAGCCGAUGUACCUGAAAGACUACGAGCGGAAAGUUAUCCUCGAAAAAGGAGGUAAAUAUGAGGAUGAAGAAGAGUCAGAUGAAGAGGACAACUUCAUAAACGAUCAGAGAGCUCGUUCUCCAACGUACCUGGAGGAACAAAAACAGAUCAAAGAGAGCUUUCGCCAGUUUGUCGAGGAGAGCGAUGGUGAUGAAAACGAGGAGAGCACAGCAAACCUGCUAACAAAGCGCCUUAAAAGCAAGAAGGAGCAGGAACAAGAGGAGGAAGAAUAUCUCGCGUGGUUAAAAGGUCAGAAGGACUUAGAAGACAAAGAAGACGUCAAGGAGUUGAAUUACCUUAAAGAUUACUGGUCUAAUCCGGCUCUGGACGAAGGGGAGAAAUUCCUGCGGGAUUAUAUCCUGAAUAAGGAGUAUAUAGAAGAGGAUUCCGACGAAGAGGACGAAUGCGCUCCUGCUCUGGAGGAAGCUCCGCAUGUUUCCGAUUCUGAGGAUGAGGGGGAACUUUUCCUAAAGAAACAGGAAGAUUUCGAGAGAAAAUACAACUUUCGUUUUGAAGAGCCGGAUUCGGAUUUGAUAAAAACUUUCCCCAGGACCAUCGCACAGUCCGUGAGACAGAAGGAUGACCGCAGGAAGAAGAAGAGAGAGGAGACAAAAGAGAGAAAGAAGAAGGAAAAAGAGAAGAAACAAGAGGAGCUGAAGCAGCUGAAGAACUUAAAAAGGAAGGAGGUGUGGGACAGACUGGAGAAGCUCCGGGAGUUGACCGGAGAACGAGCGUUGGGUGUGAGCGAAGAAGACCUCCUGGAGGACUUUGACCCCGAGAAGCAUGACCAGAUCAUGGCGAAAUGCUUUGGGGAUGACUACUAUGGGUUAGAAGAGGAACAGAAACCACAUUUUGAGGAUGAAGAAGGAUUGGAAGAUGAUUGGAACUGGGACACCUGGACAGGAGCGGAAGAAGAAGAUGCCACAAACAGCCAGGAGUGGGGGGGAGAGGAAGACCUCCAGAUUCACUGUGAAGACCCUGACUUUGUGAUGGAUGCCGACUAUGACCCCAACGCCCCUCACCAACCGUCACGCAAGGAGCGGAAGAAACUCCGCAUGGAGAUGGAGAAAGGCGGGAAGAAGAAGAGGAAAUCCAGAUUUGCAGAAGUCGUGAGCAAAGAAAAACCAGUCUUCAACCCAGAUGAUAAAACAUUCCAGCAGUAUCUGGACGAGUAUUAUCGGCUGGAUUACGAGGAUAUUAUUGAUGAUCUGCCGUGCCGAUUUAAAUACCGUCAGGUGUUGCCCUGCGACUUUGGACUGACCACCGAGGAGGUCCUGGCAGCCGAUGACAAGGAGCUGAACCGCUGGUGUUCCCUAAGGAAGACCUGCAUGUACAGGUCAGAGAAGGAGGAGAGCCACGAUCAGAACAUUUACACCCAGAAAGCCCAGAACAUGUGGAAGAAGCAGCAGAUCCUCAAAUCUCUGACUCAGAGCGAGGAAACACCUGAAUCGGCAACAUCCUCAAAGCCCAAAGUAGGAAAGAAACGCAGAGAAAAACUAAAGAAUCAGCAACCGGGGGAGAGCGAAGCAAGCGAGAAAGAAACCGGAAACAGCGCGCUACACAACGAGGAGUCUGCGAAGAAUCCUCCCUCAGAGGGCGCCGAGAGCCAAGCGCAGAGCAGAACACCGGCCGAGGGCCACGGGGUUACAGCAGACAAGGUGCAGAACUCGGGGCCGGUGGUGGCCCCUGCCCUGGAGCCAGAUACUACAAAGCAGGGCGUAAAGAGACAGUUACCAGAGAAGGACAGACAGACAGAGCCCAAGGAAGCCGGGGCUACCCGAUCCCCAAAAGAAAAGAGGCGGAAAGUGUCAAGGAAGGGAGGGAGGUUGUUGGGCAGCAAGGUGAGGCUCGGAGGCCGGGAGUUCAGCGGACAGAGGCUGCGCGCCUACGGCCUGAACCCCAAGCGGCUGCGAUACAGACAGCUGGGAAGAGAAAGGAGGAAGAUGAGAGAGAAGCAGAGCAAGAACCAGAGCGCCAAGGAGGACUAAGCGCUGCGGGACACGCGGACUCUGCGAAGGGCCUAGUAACCACUGCUAUCUUUGUAUUCACCAUUCAGGAUGCGCCCAGAUAUACACAGGGAACAUUUUAACAAACCGCCGGUUUAAAAAGGUUUAUUUCCUUACAUAAAUAAAACAUUUUCCGAAUAUA